CACACACACACACACAUACAGACACACACAGAGUCGCAUCACGCCAUCGGAAUCUCCGCCAGCUGCGCAGACUCAGCAGCCCUCACACCGUCACAUCAGGGUUCUCCGUCGCUCUGCGCGGAUUUGGUCGACUUAUUUAUUUAAUUACUCGUUAUAUAAUCCACACCGACUUUGAACACACACAUCCUCACACACUGAUCGACCUCAACCUACCUGCAUCCUCCUGACAGACUUGAAUUGACAGCGCUGACCUGGAUAACUGCUGAGACUGUGUCCCACACCGAGGCCUCUCCAAGCAGAGGGACUAACAGAUACACCAGCGGACAGCCAGCGGUGCCAGCAGUUCAUCAGCAGCCUGCAGCUCCAGCAGCAGCGGCAGCAGCAGCAGCAUCCGUUUGAGAGGAAGCGUUCACACCAUCCUCCCCCAUCCUCAUCCUCCUCUUGUCACAUCUGACAUGGCAGACCCCAGCCUCACGUCGCCCUCCGAAACCCCACUGCGCUCCCCCAACGCUCAGCUCACUCUCUCCUUCCCCUUCCUGAGGGAGGGGAGCCGGGUAUGGGAGGAGAGGGCGGAGCAGGGGCUGCCUCGGGAUCUGCCCAGCCCGCUGCCAACCAAACGCACUCGCACCUACUCAGCUACGGUACGUGCUCACUCAGGUCCGGUGUUUAAGGGUGUGUGUAAGAACUUCUCCAGGUCACAGGGUCACGGCUUCAUCCGACCCUCCCACGGCGGCGAAGACAUCUUUGUUCACAUCUCAGACAUCGAGGGGGAGUAUGUCCCAGUUGAGGGCGACGAGGUCACGUACAAAGUGUGCCGGGUCCCACCGAAAAACCUGAAGGUUCAGGCGGUGGAGGUGAAGAUCAUACAUCUCAACCCAGGGACGAAACACGAGACCUGGUCUGGGCAGAUCAUCAGCUCGUAGGCCUGAGCUCCAGGCCUGGUGGGUGGUGCUGGGCAGGGCUGGGUGAGGGGUGGUGGAGGUGUUGUGGGACUGAUAACUUACAUUCUGUGCUCAAAUUCUUUUUUUUUAAUUUUUUAAACAUGUUUUACCUACACAGCAAAGUGUCCAGUGUUAUUAAAUGUCAAUAAAUUCAGUUGUAGUAGGCGUUGACAGUUUUUACACUCUGUUGAAAACUGUCUGUCUACUGCUCUGAUAGUUUUGCCAUGUAUUGUUAGGAAAAAGUCACAUUUGUUUUAUUUAUUCAAUUUUUUUUUGUUCAAAGUCAAAUUUGAGAUGGAAUUAUAAAGUCACCAGCGGGGAUCCGACUUCUAAACUGAGAGGAGCUAGGGGGCCUGAUUUUUCUUAGAGAUCAGCUGUAUGAAGUAUUAAAUAUUGGGAAAACUGAUAAACAACUGUGGUGCAGAUCUGCAAACUGAGGCAUGACCGCUGAGUGUACAUGCAAGGAAGAGAGCAAUGUACGAGAAAAGGCUAAAUUCAGUUUUACUUCCCUUCUUUGCAGCUGUUAUGCACUUGUUUACUUCACCAAAGUUUCCAGGAUCACAUGUUGGGUGCAGUAAUUGGUCUGAUGACUUAUUAUCUCAACCUACAUACACUGUUUUACCAUCAAGUGCAGACUUUGGGAAGAUGAGUACAAACUUUGAAUUCAACAAGAGGAUGUAAAAGCAAGUAGUUUAGAGAAAUGCGGCUGAAGAGAUUUGUGUUGCUUAAGUGAAAGAAAGAUAACACUCUUUUGGGUUUCAGGCCACCAGUUAAGAAACAUGACCAAAGAGGCCAAAACAAGAGGAAGUUUUAUUUUUAAACGGAGAGGGGAAUGUUAUGAAGGUCAGAGAGAGAGUAAGAGAAAUUCAGAAGGAAAUCUACAGUUUGUUUUUAUCAGAAAAAGCAAGAAGGGAGACCAGGACUGAAGCAGAACCACCACAUUAAAGGAUGGGUUCUCAAUUUUCAAGUCUGCCUUAAAACAACAGUCAGGAGCCCAAAUGAACACUGAA